ACAUAAAAGAUAUUACAAAAUACUCUCAUCUCUAGUCAUCGUUAUCGUUAAUAUAACUUCUGUUUAGCUUAGUCUCAUCGCAACACAAAUACAAAUAAAUCAUAUCAAUCCCAUCAAGAUCUUGUUCACAAUUAUCCCUACACAAAAACCCUUAAAUAAAAUUUAUUAUCCAUUACUUACCUUCAUUCACAAGUUUCAAAUAAUAGAAACACCAAAACAAAGCUUACAAACCAAGCAGUUUUUAUAUAUAUUUAUUUAUAUAAAUUUUUCAAUAGUAAUGAUUCAAGAAAACAUAAAGUGAAAGUAACUUAUGAUGUUGGUGAUGAUGAUUCUCAAGCAUUAUCCAUUUAUUCCAUCUAUAUAUGUUACAACUUUCUAAAAAUACUUAUACUAAUAUAUAAGUUUUUAUAAAGUUGGUUUUUGAUGAAUUUUGAUAUGAGUAACCAAAAUAAUGGUUUGCUUAGAUUUAGGUCUGCACCUAGCUCAAUUCUUCAAAGUUAUGUUAAUGAUAUUGAAAAAAAUAGAGAUGUUGUUACAUCAAUAAAUAAUGAUCAUGGGUUAAAUUAUAAUUUUAUUUCACAAAGUUUUCAAGAUCUAGAAGAAGAAGUGGAUCUUAAACCAAACUUGAUGACUAAUGAGUUUUCUUUGAGUUCUACUCAUUUUCCAAGGCAAAGUACAAGUCAAGGAAGCAUGGAUAGUACAAGUACUUAUAGCAGUGGAGGUGGUAAUAAUAUGGGUGUUGUUGAUAAUAUAGGCCAACAACAACCUCCUAAAAUGGGUUCAAGCCUUUUGAGACAAAAUAGCUCUCCUGCUGGUUUAUUUGCUCAUCUUAAUCAUCCCAAUGGCUAUAUCGGAAUGAGGGGUAUGCCGGUUGGUAAUUCCCGUUUAGGAAAUGUUGGAAACAUUGGUGAUAUAACUCUAUCUUCAGGUAGAUUGAAGACACAAACAUCAGGGGUUCCUAUGUUGCCACGGAUCUCAGAAAUCGAACCAGACACCAUUGACCCGAGAGUGCUUAAUGACUCAUCUGAUUACCCAUUUGGUUCAUGGGACCAAGAGACUUCACAAUUCAUUGACAACUUUAAUGGGCUCAAAAGAGAUCUUCAGAAUGGCGAUAACAUGGGAAAUCACCCGCCUAUGUUAGCACACCACUUGAGCUUACCAAAAACCUCUGGAGAAAUGGCUGCUGUUGAAAAACUGCUGCAUUUUCAAGAUUCUGUCCCUUGCAAGAUUCGUGCGAAGAGAGGCUGUGCUACGCAUCCAAGAAGUAUAGCCGAGAGGGUGAGAAGAACACGAAUAAGUGAAAGAAUGAGGAAACUGCAGGAACUAGUCCCUCACAUGGAUAAGCAAACGAACACAUCAGAUAUGCUGGAUUUGGCUGUUGAUUACAUCAAAGAUCUUCAAGAACAGUACAAGGUAUUGCAGGAAUGUCGAGCAAACUGCAGAUGUUCUGCAAGCUCGGGUUGCAGCUAAACUUGUCUGGAAUCCUCUUGUUUGGUACCGGGAGAAGAUAAUUUUUUUGUUGGUUAUCUAUAUAUUUUGCAUCUAUAUAUACUUCUGGUUAGACGAUCAUCAAGUAUUUGAAUGUAAUGAUCAUCAAAUGAGAUGCGAUUCUAAAAUCUUAUAGAGACAAUAAUGUUUUCUAAUGAGUUGUACAGAGGAUGUAAUAAUAAUCUGUUAUCUGUAGUCUACC